GAGAGAUAGACCAGCUGCUGGCUUUUUGGCUGGGACCCCCAGGGAUUAUUUCGCAGCAGCAACCACAGCAGCGAACCACCAACUCCGUCGUAGGGCCCACACACCCUACUGUGCGCUCUCGGGCACCGUUAACUAGGCCCUCGAGAUCGAUUCAUCGCGCUGAGGUAAUAGAAACAAUACUUUCCUAGGGACGGUUGAACGUACAACUGGGGCACGCGAGGCGGACCAGGCUCAACCUCGCUUUUUGUUUAGGAGAAGCAGCAGCAGAGGAAGGUAGCGAACAUGUCGCGGCUCAAGAUGUUCGAGUGCCUGGGCGAUUGCGCGGACUUCGAUCUGGUGAAUGGAUGCGUCGACAGCAACCAGGCGCAGCAGGCGAACCGCCGUCCUGCUUCGCAGCAGCAGCAGGAGCCCGGGCAGCAAGGGUUGGACGGGCGCCAGCAACAACAGCAGCCAGAGGCAUCCGACAGCGACUCGCACUCUUCGCGCUCAUAUUCUGAUGACGAGGAAGGGUCGUUUUACUCCCAGGACGAGGACAACGCCGACGGCGACGACGGUGCAGGGCAAGGCGGGGGAGGGUACGACAGCGCCGGGGUGAGUGCUCCGCCGGGUGACGCAUAUCGUGGCUUGCAGCUAUCGUAG